GAAGAAGUAGCUAGGGCAAAAAUAAUAACAGUGGGGUUCAUUAGAGACCCGAAGAAUCACUGAAACUGAAAGUAUGGAUUCCACUCCGACUAUUGGGGAGUUGUUCCGUACCCUGUGUGAGAUGGGCUUCAGUGAGGAGCAGAUCCAGUCUGCCUUGCAGGCAGGACACUUCUCUGUGCCUGACGCAGCUGAAUGGCUCUUACAAGGUGAAAGUCUGAGGCACAAGCUGGUCAAAAAUCCAUCCCAGCCAGUUGGAACGUCAUUUGCUGCAUUCAACCCUCCCAAAGAUGCAGAGAACUCUUGCACAUCACAGGCACAGACAUCGCCCACUGACAGUAGAGGCCCCGCUUUAGUCCUGGGACCCCCACAGCCCUCCAGUCCAUCCACAGACACCCCGCCGUUGGAGUCCCGUAUCAGGCAGGACAAGAGUGACUUCCAGGAGCAGCAGAGGAUGCGUGUAGCCAACGAGGCCAGGAAUGAGAGGAGGCAGAAGAAACAGGAGCGUGAGCUGGUGCUGAAGCGUAUUGCAGAGGACCGGAGAAGCUUGCAGGAGAAGAAGACCCAGCCGAGCACCCCUACUGAGACCACGUCCCCUCCAGGCAGCAGCGAAGGCCAGAGGCUGGGGGGUACGGUCCAGACCAGUGUGGAACACAACUGCAUCCUCAUGAUCCGACUGCCCUCUGGGGAGUCAUGGAGGAGCGCUUCCCAGCCGACGCACCUCUGCGCAGUGUGUGGAGCACAUCUCUGGGCGCCACCCCUCCCUGGCUUCCUUCUCUCUCCUUCAUUUACGCUUUGGGAGGCGGAGUUGGCCUGCUCCCUGCGCUCCCUGGGCCUCAUGCCCAAUGCUGCCCUCUGCAUCCAGACCACGCCCCCAGAGACACCCCAGGACCCACCCAGCCAGCUGCACACCUCUUAUUGGGCCAGGAGGAGGGAGUGGUUUCCACCUCCUGCGUCUCCCCAGCCACAGAUACCAGUGCUGGAGGAGGGAGGGAUGGAGGAUCCCGCUCUGCCCCACCUCUGCCUCACCUGUUGUGGGAAGAAGCAUCUGAAACAGGACCCCUCUCACUCUCUGCAACAGUUGUUGCACAAAUGA